UAGGUUGUUUCCAUAUCUUAGCUAUUGUAAAUAAUGCCUCAGUGAACAAGGGGAUAUGGAUAUCUUUUUGGGUUAGUGUUUUUAUUUUCUUCGGAUAAAUACCCGGAAGUGGAAUUGCUGGCUCAUUAUUCUACUUUUCACCAUCUGAAAUAACCUUGUUGAUGGAAUAUUUACUUGUUUAUUUUCUACCUUCUUCUUCUAGAAUAUAAACUCAAGGAGCUAAACUGCAAUAUAUUAUUUACUGCUAUAUCGCCAACAUCUAGAAGCAUGUCUAGCAUUUAGUAGCUGCUAAAAAUAUUAUAUUGUAUGAAUGGAUGAAUGAAUUAACAAAAAAAAAAUUCCUCUUUAUUCCAGAUCGGCGUGUCCCAAGUUGUGAAUUUUACACGCUGGCUGGAGAGUGUAGGGAGGGAGAUGUAAAUUAUGUCAGAAUUCUCCUUGUUCAGUUCAACUCAAUUCAAUCCAGCACAUACUUAUUGAAUUUCUAUUAUGCACCAGGUAGGGAACCUCACACUCAGGAUUCAGCAGAGAACAGUUCGAGUUCUACCCUCCUGCCACUUAGAGGAAGUUAGACACUUAACAGCAAUUAUCAAAGUAAUUGAAUGGCACUUACUUUGUGCCAUGCAGAAUUCUAAGAACUUUAGCGAAUCACCUAAUUUAAUCCCCACCACAGCCCUAUAUGUUAGGAAUGAUAAUUACACCAAAAAAGAGGGCAGGCAUUUUAUCUAUCUUGUUUACUAUUGAUUCCCUAACGCCAUCUUCAGUGCCUGACAUACGUAGAUGCUCAAUAAAAAUAUUCAACAAAGAAUGAGUAUUUUGAAAGGGGAGGAUGGUAUUUCAGAAUCCACAGCAGGGGGAUUUGACCCAGUCUAAAGCAUUAAGAAACCACUCCCUGAAAAUGUGACAUUCUAUUUAAGACUUGAAGAAUGAAUAGGAAUUUGCUUUGCUUUGACUUGAGAGUGAAACUUGGGCAGGCUCAUCCUGACUGAUCUUAAAUAAACUAAUUUUUUUUCCUGGGAUUUAGUUUCCUUUUUAGGAAAAUGAAAAACUGUAAAGAUGAAACUUCCCCCAAAGGAGGUUGUAAGAAUGUGCUAAAAGAGAAUUAUCAGGAUGACUUUCCCAUAAGAGUUGGGCUUCAAUGAGAGUAGGCAACACAGCCAGCAUCUGUGAGAAUGGACCAUUGGGAGGACCCCAAGUCCACUGGUCCCAAGGCAAGGGCUCCAGCUGGACUUUGAAGGACAGAAGUGAUUGCUUCUGAUCUCCCAGGAGGUCGUCUAAAGAAAUGCUUGGAGCAGCCUGGUCCGUAGUGCAACACUCAAGAAUCUCCCAAUUGAUCGCUUUUUUUGCCAUUUGAUCUCAGGACCUGGCAUGUGGAAGGUAUCUGGGGAAUUUCCUGUCUCUGGUCUCUGCUCUACCAGACUCCAGGGGUCCUCUCACCUAAUAUGGAUCACCUUUAUCUUUUCCUCCUUCUAGGUUCCUGGUUUCCCUUUCAGACCCCCUUCCGCCCUUGGGCCUCCCUCGAGGCACCUCCACCAUUGCCUUAGAGCCUCCCCUCUCCUUAUAAAGACUCUGUUCCUCCCCCAGUGGCCCUGUUCUCAUCUGCGACAACACAGGUAUAUCAGAGCUGAAUUCCACUUAUGGAGUUAAUGACUGCUAACUGUUCAUUUGCUAUGCCUCCCAGUAAGAUAAUUGCCUUUUAACAGGAAAUUUUGGAAAAAAUGCCUAAUGCAAAAGCAAGAAUCUCUAACAUUGACCAUCUGGGGCUCUAUAAUCCCAAAGAAUCUUUUCAGAAUCUCUUCUUGCUGUCGUAGCCCCCGUGAUUAACACAUAAUAUAUUGUACACUAAAAUACAUAAUAGUGUAUUUGUCCUUCUUUUCUCUGGAAAGCACACUCCUUUAGAGCAGGGAACAUAUCUAAUAUCCUGUAUCCCCAUCGCUCAGCCUAGUUCCUGAUAUAUUGUCAGAGUAUCAGCAAAUUGUGGAUAAGUAUGUUAGGGCGAAUGAUUUAGGACAAGGGUGUUUGGAAAACUUUGUUACCCUGACCCUUCAAGACAAAGCACAAAAUUAAAUACCUUACUGUAGAGACGCUUAAACUUUAAAAUAAGAAGCACUUGGCAUGUUAAAUAUGCAGGUUCAUUGUCUGUCCCCAGAGAGUCUGAAUCAAUAGACUUGAGGGCUGUGAAACCUGUAUUCUUCACAAGUUCACCAAGUGAUUCUGGUGCAAAACACUGGAUCUCCUUAGGGGGUGUUUGUCUUUGGAUAUAUUGUUAUACCCUCUCAGUUUUCUGUAAAAUGGGGUUGUUCAGAGAAUCAAAGAGAAAAAAGACAUGAAAACACACUGAAGCAGUUCAAAUGGUGCAGAGCAAACUACCUGCGUCAGAAUCACCUGUUGGAGGAAAUUUCACGUUUGUUCUUUCUGACCCUUGCCCAUUCUGCAUGUGGGUACGAAGGGUAUCUAGGCCUGGCACUAAACCAGUCAUUUUAAACUGAGAUUGUAGAAGAUGUUGUCAGUUGAGGUCAAGAGGUACUGGGUGGUUUGGAGUGGUGCAUUUGGAAAUUGGUUGCUAGCCCCAUUGACCUUGUUUUUAAUGGAGGAGACAGUUGGGUUCUUUUCCAUGGAUUUUUAAAAACUUUUGUUUGUUUGGUUCUUCGAGGAUAACUAUGGUAGCAGCAUCGAUGAGUAGUUUUUCACUCAGGAAGUACUUACUGAGUGCCUACCAUUGACUCAGAAGGUAUUUACUAAAUGCCUACUGUUUAUCUAAGACUGAAAUAUGCAAAGUUAAAAAAUAUCUAUUCAUGAAUUCCGUGAUAUCUUUGCUUGAGUGAUACAUUCCAGCUUUAUGAUGGGCUCAAAUUCGCUUCGUUUGUGCCAUGAAGGACCUCUACACAAAAAGUAUAAAACAUUUUUCUGAAGCUUUCUCCAUAUAUAUUGAUUCAUCCAUUCAUUCAUUCAUUUACUCACUCAGCUAACAGUUAUUGAGUACCACCCUUGUGCCAGGCACUGGUGAGGCACGGGGGGUACAAAGAUGAAUUAGACAUUGAUAUCUCCCUCAAGAAGUAUACAAUUUCAUAGUUUAGACAAGAUGGGUAAGUAAAGAUAAUUAAGAGACUGUGAUGGUAAUUAAGGGCUGAUAUUACUGUUAUAAAUAACAGCAAUUAAACUUAUAAGGCACUUAUAUUGUGCUAAGCAGUGUGCUAAACCCUUCAGAUCAACUAUCCUAUAUGGCCCUCACAAUCUUGUGUGAGAUUCUAUUAUUAUCCUUAUUAGAUAGGUAAUGAAGCUUAGAGAUGUUAAGUAAAUUUCCCAAGAUCACAUAGUAAGUCAACUCCAAAGGCAGGCUUAGCCUUGGCUGUCUAAUUAUAGCACCACCCCUCUUAACCACACUCGUUCUUGCACUGCUCUUAGGUUGGUAUAUGGCUGUAGAAAUUCAGAGAAGGCCAAUAAAAGUAAGAGCAAUAUUGGCAGUGACAGAUUAUCAAGUAUCUACAAUGUGCCAGGUGCUUCAUGUGCUUAUUGUCUCACUUCAUCCAAGAAUACACAAGGAAAAGCUUGUUGUUUUUCCCAUUCUAUCAAUGCAGAAAACUAAGGCACAUGUAUGUUAAAAUUUUGAUCAUUUCUACCCAACUGGUAAAUGAAUGCACCGGGAUUCAAACUUGGGUCAUAUUGAGCCCAGAGCCCGCACUCCUUCCACUCGAACUCACUCCUGAUCCAAGGUAGAUGGGCAGUCUCUCUCAGGAAGACACCUCUGGAUAUGCUCUUCUGUCAUGAGUUCGAGAUUACCCACACAACCAAACCAGACCAUUUAGGCAUUGUUUACACAGCACCUUACUUGAGAUGGCCUGACCUUGCCAGGUCUCUGGGUUUAAGGAAGUGAUGGGUUAUAUGAUUAUUGAAGGGCUAAAUGUCCUGUCCCUGCCAGUAGUUUGUCAUCAUGUUGCAAUGGCCCAGAAGUCAGAGAGCGUAUUGGUGGAAGAGUCAGUUUACAUUAUCAUGGCCUGGACUGACACUAUCAUUACUUCAUGGCUCUAAGUCUUUGAUUUCGUGGGCAGACCAACACAUUCCUCCCGUGCUAAGUUAAGUCUUUUUGUAAAGAGGAUAGCCUAUAAGGCUUAAAAAUUAUUCUAUCAGAUUUCAAGGCACACUUUUAUAUUAAAUCUUAUUUUUUAAAAUCGCACUCAGGGGAAUAUUGGUUUUCUUUUAUAGAGCAUUUAAAUCAUUUUCUUGUGCCUCCAAAUGCAGCAUAAAAGACAUUCGCCUCUUUUUCUUCGUCAUAUACAAUAGGGUCUUUGACAGAACUUAUAAAUCCCAAACUGAUGCCUUGUGCUUGCCUUCCAGUGAUGAAAUUUCCAAAGUCGUUACUAUUUCAUGGGUCACAACUAAACCAGGUCCCCAAUUCAGAUUACUUGUAUUUGGUGAUCGGUCAUGUCCUUUAACAUUCUCAUUCUCUCUCUCUCUCAUUUGAAAUCUCAGUGAGAGUUUUGGUAAAGUUGUACUGUCCUUGCAUCAACUUCCUUUUUCCACGUUUUCACGCGCCGUUCGCAUUGGUGAAGGGUCGUUUCCCUCGGGUUUAGUCUCUAUUCUUGCAUUGUGGCUUUAAAUUUGUACAGCAAAUAACUCAGAACCAAGUUAUUGCCUUGGUGUCAGUGCUGGCAGGAAAAAAAAAAAGCCAUAGUGGAGCACAGAAUCUGUCUGUGUUAGCGCUCUGUCACCGACUACUCAACCCAGCUUUUGGCUUCACCUAAAUGAUAAAUGGUCCUAUUGUUUGGGCUUUCGUGUUAAAAAAAAAUAGAACUAAAUCUAGAUUAAGCAAGGACAGAGACCCAUUUCAUUGCACUGUACUUUAAUAUUCCUGAGACCCAUGGCGUUACGGGUGGCUCCUUUUACCAGCCGUCUCUCUCCAGGGCGGAACACUAUGCUGCUUUGUUUCAUCUGAUCUUUCAGCUAAAUAAGAGAUGGUCACUCAUCCUCACUACUCCCAUCUCCUGCUGGAUUUCUAUUGCUAAAAGAGAAACUGACCACACGGGAAAAGGUAGAGGUUUCAGGCAGGGCAUUCCAGCGUGUGUUUACAGGCAGGACUGACUUACUCAGCAAAUCCUGCUCGGAGGAGCUGCAGCCAAUGAAGAGGCUAUAUCCCGGCUUGCUUGGGGGCUUCUGAGUUUGAGCUGCAUGCAGAAAUGUAAGGCAGUGCUUCCUGGCGCUGAUGGCAAAAUGGGACCCAUCUCCAGUUAUUCCUCGGGCUUCCCAGCUUUGCAGAUCUGGGAGAGAACCUACAUAAACAUAUUGGUGAUGUAGCCAGCUUUAAAGGCCGAGAGAAUCCUUAUGGAUUCAGGAGACUGGUUUUUUAUUUAGAUUUUCAUUUUUUAUUUUUUUUGGAAGAUGAAAUGCUUCUCUCGUUACCUGCCUUACAUCUUCAGACCUCCGAAUACCAUCCUCUCUUCCAGCUGCCACACGGAAGGCUCGGACCAUGGUGCAGUCCCACUGGCUCCCCUGCCCCCCUCUCCUGUGAGACUGGCUGCGGGGAGGGAUCAUGGAUACUUGUCUGCCGGCUUCUGGUUCCCACGCAAGUAAGCCUGCUGUCAAUGGAGGAGGACAUUGAUACCCGCAAAAUCAACAACAGUUUCCUGCGCGACCACAGCUAUGCGACCGAAGCUGACAUUAUCUCUACGGUAGAAUUCAACCACACGGGAGAAUUACUAGCGACAGGGGACAAGGGGGGUCGGGUUGUAAUAUUUCAACGAGAGCAGGAGAGUAAAAAUCAGGUUCAUCGUAGGGGUGAAUACAAUGUUUACAGCACAUUCCAGAGCCAUGAACCCGAGUUCGAUUACCUGAAGAGUUUAGAAAUAGAAGAAAAAAUCAAUAAAAUAAGAUGGCUCCCUCAGCAGAAUGCAGCCUACUUCCUUCUGUCUACUAAUGAUAAAACUGUGAAGUUGUGGAAAGUCAGCGAGCGCGAUAAGAGGCCAGAAGGCUACAAUCUGAAAGAUGAGGAAGGCCGGCUCCGGGAUCCUGCCACCAUCACAACCUUGCGGGUGCCUGUCCUGAGACCCAUGGACCUGAUGGUGGAGGCCACCCCACGAAGAGUAUUUGCCAACGCACACACGUAUCACAUCAACUCCAUAUCAGUCAACAGUGACUACGAAACCUACAUGUCAGCUGAUGACCUAAGGAUUAACCUAUGGAACUUUGAAAUAACCAAUCAAAGUUUUAAUAUCGUGGACAUUAAGCCAGCCAACAUGGAGGAGCUCACGGAGGUGAUCACGGCGGCCGAGUUCCACCCACAUCACUGCAACACCUUCGUGUACAGCAGCAGCAAAGGGACAAUCCGGCUGUGUGACAUGAGGGCAUCGGCCUUGUGUGACAGGCACACCAAAUUUUUUGAAGAGCCGGAAGAUCCCAGCAACAGGUCAUUUUUCUCUGAAAUUAUCUCUUCGAUUUCGGAUGUGAAAUUCAGCCACAGCGGGAGGUAUAUCAUGACCAGAGACUAUCUGACAGUUAAAGUGUGGGAUCUCAACAUGGAAAACCGCCCCAUCGAGACUUACCAGGUUCAUGACUACCUCCGCAGCAAGUUGUGCUCCCUCUACGAAAAUGACUGCAUUUUUGAUAAAUUUGAGUGUGUGUGGAAUGGGUCAGACAGUGUCAUCAUGACAGGCUCCUACAACAACUUCUUCAGGAUGUUUGACCGAAACACCAAGCGAGAUGUUACCCUUGAGGCCUCGAGGGAAAACAGCAAACCCCGGGCCAUCCUAAAACCGCGAAAAGUAUGCGUGGGGGGCAAGCGGAGAAAAGACGAGAUCAGUGUCGACAGUCUGGACUUUAGCAAAAAGAUCUUACAUACAGCUUGGCAUCCUUCAGAAAAUAUUAUAGCAGUGGCGGCUACAAAUAACCUAUAUAUAUUCCAGGACAAGGUUAACUAGGAGGACAAGUUAUUACUUAACAAUCUCACAUACUGAAUACUAGUCAAACACGUUUUUAAAUGUUUCUUUGGGUCUUCAUUUGAUGCAUUGACUUUAAUUUCCCUAUGCAGAAAACAAUUGGAAUAGAAUUAAAAGGAGUCCAACUUCCCCAGAUCCCCCAUUCUAAGAGACUUUUGUCAAACCCAAUAGGUUCUGGGACACUUCUGUUUAGAAUUGAGAGCUGCCAGCUAACAGUAAUUCUUCCAUAGUUGACUUGAAUUUCUGAUGAUGCUUUUAUUGCCCAGUUUUCUCUGGUGGGUCCCGUGUUUUGUUUCUAGGUGUCUGCUGAGAUAAAAUGAGGUUGUCUGUAGUAUUUAAAGAGAAAAGAGAUAAGUAAGUUUUUUUUUUUAAUUAAGCGAUUCCAUUUGAUUGGAAAAAAAUCAAAAAAUAAACACCGUUUACUCUUAGAGAAA